GAGCAUAUAAACGUGAAGUUUUUUGGUACUACGAUUUGGCUCGCAAUGGCCGACACUGGAUCUUCUUCGCUGGAGAAGAAGCAAAAUUCUGCAGAAGAACAAAUUGCCUGGAAGAGGGAACUGCCACGAAAGUAUUUGGCUGAUGAGGAUCUAUGGAAUGACGACGAUUUUAUGCCCAAAGGCGCUUCAAUGGAGCAUCGUGAUCUAUUUCGCAAAAUUUAUUCGAGAUACUUCCGUCAGAUUUGUGAAACCGAUGGUUUUGACAUUGACAUCUAUCCCGGUGAAGCUAAGGCAGCUACAUAUAUACCAUAUCUGGAUUUAGAGGAAAAAACUGACAUGCUGAUGGAACUGGCUAACCAUGCUAUUCAGGAAUACAACAAUAAAGAAACCAGUGUUUACAAAUACGAGGUUUUGUGUAUUGAAAAAGUGAACUUUAUUUGGGCCGAAUGUCGUGAAUUUUUCCUGACUGUCAAAGUUAACAAUCUCACUCUGCGUACACCUCUAGAAACCUUCCAAAUUCAUGCAUACAAGGGACCACAUGAGGAGAAUAUUGUCCGCCUUUGCAGACAAAAAGUUCUGAAGUGA